AAAAUGGACGAUAGUUGGACCUGUAUAUUUCACACAAACCGAUCAGAUCAAAGCUCAAGUUGAAAAGGCUUCAGUGACAUGCUCUUUAACGAGGAAAAGUAAAGACUUGUGUGAUGACUGUCAUCAAGUGAAACUAUGUGACAAUGGAAAUGGCUGAGGACAUUACCGAAAAUGAUCAAUAUGGAGAUACCCAACCAUUGAAUUCUGACGGAGAAGAAAAUAGUUAUGAGGAAGAAUACAGAUCUGAAAGGCGACUUAGAAAGAGUUUUAGUGACCCUGAUGAUAGGUGUUACGUAGAUGAUGUGCAAGAUGGAGAUGUGAAUUAUGUUAACGAUUAUGAUAAACCUGUGAAACGGAGACGUUCAGGGGGGGAUAAUUCUGAUGGUGAUAGUGAUUACAGAUAUCAUUCUCGACAUCGCUCAAUCGAUCGAGAUAGGGAUCAUGGAAGUCAUCGUCGACGCCAUCACAGGUCACGAAAGAGAGAUAGAGAGAGAUCACGGCACUCACGUCGUAACAAUGAUUCACGUAGCAGUCAGGAGCUGGAAGCGGAAUUAGAGGAUGGUGAAUUGGAGGACGGAGAGUUAGACGAUGAUGAUAACAAUGAUGUACAAGAAAACAAUGCGCCAACCAAACUCUCUCCCCCAAAAUUAGAUAGGAAGGAAAACAGUGAAAGAUCUUCACCAAAGAAACAUGGCACAGGUCAAACUGAGGGCCAUAACCCCCAACACAUAGAUUAUCCAGAGGCUAGAGAAAGUGAAGAGGAAGAAGAAGGAAACAUAGAAGAUAAUGAACGGAAACGUCCGCGGAAGGAUGAUCAUGAUGAAAGGAAACGACGAAAAGAAAAACGUGACAAAGACAAAAGACGAAAACAACAAAAGGAAGACAAGAAAAAGAAGAAACGACGUGAAUACCAUGACUUAGACAGGGUGGAAGAGGAUUAUGACCAAGCUUGGGGUACUGGCACAGACAAACACUCUUCUAGAGGUUCGCGAGGCAGCUUCGACCGAAGCCCACCUGGUCCAUAUGAGGAUCGUUUUGAUGACGUGGAGCAGUAUGAGAAAACCUACAAUAGCCCACCAGGCCACUACGACAGCCCGUAUGAUAGUCCUCCUGGCCCAUAUGAUAGCCCUUCGUAUGAUGAGGACUCUGAUGGAGAAAUAUAUGAGCAAGGAAACCAUAAGACAAGACGAACCAUGAUGAGUUUUGUAGAAGGAGAGUAUGUUGAUGCCAGUGUGGCUAUUGAUGAUGGGGAGAACAUAUACAAACAGAGUAGUUCCAAUAAGAAAAUGAAGCAUAUGAAACAAAUGAAAAGGAAGAUGGAGCGUCAACAGCAGGGUGAUCAACCACCGAAAAAGAAACCAUUAUUGUUAACGCCAAUGAAUGAACGUCCAAUCUGUAAAUUCUUUAAGGAAGGAAAGUGCUCUAAGGGAAAUGAUUGUCCAUUCAAUCAUGACUACCGACCACCGAAAAAAAUGGAUCUCUGCAAGUUCUACUUAAAUUCUCAGUGUUCUAAGGGAGACAGCUGUAUAUUUAUGCACAAUAUCCUUUAUAGAAUCUUGAUGAAAUUAUAUCAUCUUAACCAGAUUAUCACAUAA